AUGGCGUCGAGGGAUCUCCGGCGGCUGCUCGACGGCGCGGCCCUCGUCGCCCGCGAGGCCGCCAGGCACGCCUCGGGCCGCGACGUCCUCAGGUCCGCCCUCCUCGCCGCCACCGACCUCGCGGGGCUCACCAGGGGCACCCCGCGCAGCCCGAGGCCCCCGCGCCUUGGACCCCACUCUGCCGCCGCCGCUGGCGGCGGCGAGGCGGCCGAGGCUCGUUCUUCGUCUUCCUCCGUUGUGUACUUCUCUCACGACGAUGCAGGUCCCGUCUCGCCGCCGCCGCCGCCGCAGGAUCCCCCGUUGGAGCCGCGGCCACCUGCGCGUGAAUCCCCGCACCCUGCCCAGACGGCAGGGAUCACCGACGCCAAUACAAGCGGGGUAGCUGCAGCUGAACGCGAAGCUGUGGUGGUGGCCGGACCACCCGAUGGCGAAGCCCCUCGCCCCUCGCCCUCGCCCUCGCCGGUGUCGGUGGAGAAGAGGCGGCGGCCUCGGGAGCGGAGGGUUCCCUCCACCCCAUUCUCCAGAGCGCUCGGGUUUGCAGGUCUGGGCGCCGGGCUCGCAUGGGGAACGCUUCAGGAAUCAGCUCGGCGGGUGGUGUAUGGCAGACCGGCGGACACAGAUGGCAAGCGUUCUGCUCUCUCGCCCUUCUUGUCUGACCAGAAUGCUGAGCGUAUCGCCCUUGCGCUGUGCCGGAUGCGGGGGGCAGCGCUCAAGGUGGGACAGAUGCUGAGCAUCCAGGACGAAUCCCUUGUGCCCCCGCCGGUCUUGGCAGCUCUUGAUAUUGUUCGCCAAGGUGCUGAUGUUAUGCCGAGGAAACAGCUCAAUUCAGUUCUCGAUGCUGAGCUAGGUCAGGACUGGUCCUCCAAGUUGAGGAGUUUUGACUAUGAGCCGCUAGCUGCUGCAAGUAUUGGACAGGUCCAUCGGGCGGUCUUAAAGGAUGGUUCAGAUGUUGUCAUGAAAAUACAAUACCCUGGGGUCGCAGAUAGUAUAGAAAGUGAUAUUGAGAAUGUCAGACUACUCCUGACUUACACAAAUCUCAUCCCUAAAGGUCUCUUCCUUGAUAGAGCCAUGAAGGUGGCAAAGCUGGAGCUGGCAAGGGAAUGUGAUUAUGUGUUAGAAGCAACUAACCAAAAGCGGUACAAAGAGUUACUAUCUGAUAGUGAAGGCUUUUAUGUCCCUAAGGUCAUCGAUGAGUUAUCCAGCAAAAAGGUGUUAACAUCAGAGUUUGUUCCAGGAUUUCCCAUCGACAAGGUGGCUAUGUUAGACCAGGAAACCCGUAACUAUGUUGGCUGUAAAUUGCUUGAGCUUACAAUAAAGGAGUUGUUUGUCUUCCGAUUUAUGCAGACUGAUCCAAAUUGGAGCAAUUUCCUUUACGAUGAACCUACAAGGAAAUUCAAUCUGAUUGAUUUCGGGGCAGCCCGUGAUUUUCCAAAACGUUUUGUAGAUGACUAUCUUCGUAUGGUAGUUGCCUGUGCAAAUAGUGAUAGAGCUGGUGUCUUAGAAAUGUCCCGCAGACUGGGAUUUCUAACAGGUGAGGAACCGGAAGUCAUGCUGGAUGCUCAUGUCCAGGCAGCUUUCAUCGUGGGCGUCCCAUUCUCAAGACCAGGUGGUCACGAUUUCCGUGCAAACAACAUCACCCAUAGCAUUUCCAACCUUGGAGCUACCAUGUUGAAGCACAGGAUGACGCCACCGCCUGAUGAAGUUUACAGCCUCCACAGGAAGUUGUCAGGUGCAUUCCUAGCUUGCAUCAAGAUAGGGGCUAUUGUACCCUGCAGGGAGAUGCUGUUCGAGGUUUAUGAGCAGUACGAUUUUAGUGAUGAUCGUUCAGAAGUAUUGUCCAGCACCGGAUAGAAACACCGGAUAGAAACAUGAAAGCACAACCAUUCUCCCCUUCCAUUUUGGGGAAUCCUUUAGUUGUUACUGGUCGGUUGCAGCUCAUUUUUUUGGAGAGCCACACAACCGGCUGCUCCAUUUCGGGGAAUCUCUGAAAACUUGUUAGACUGAAUGAAUGAUCUGACAAAUUGUAUUGUUGAUAGCCUGGGAAGUGAGGAUAUUUUUGUUUAGGUUAUGAGUUCUACAGAAACUGUAUAAUGCUUGUAUAUCUAUCACUGGGGUCUGUACUUCAGAUGGUCUAUUUGCGGACCAAUUUUCGGUCCAAUAAAUAAAUGCAUCAGAAUGAUGUUUGU